GCACCUCUUAAUUAGGAAGACUUCCCAUCCAUCCAUCCAUCGUCUGCUGCUGCACAUUCCUCUCUCAUUCAUCCAAGAAUUCCGUUUAAUUGAUCACGUAACUUAAUUACGUCUGUAGUCUUUAAAUGACGCUUAAAUUACACUUAAAAGUGUGAAAAAUAUAUAGUGCGACACAACUCUACGAAUCACUUCAUUCACUCGUUGCAGAGUUUACGGCGUGAAGAAAACCCCCACUUUUUUGCGGAUGCAUAAAGUUAACGCGGAUUUUGUCGUAAAGUUGAGAAAAAUUGUGAAAAAGUCAUUUUUUUGCGGAUGAAGUGGACUCAAAUUUUGUGCUAAAGUUGAGAAAAAUUGUGAAAAACUCACUUUUUCGUAGUAAUACCGUUACAAAUUUGUGCUAAAGUUGAGCAAAUUUUUGAAAAACUCGGUUUUUAGGAUAAAGUCGACUCAAAUUUUGUGUUAAAAUUGAGAAAAAUUGUGUAGGCUCAUUUUUUUGCGGGUACAUAAAAGUGACGCAAAUUUUGCCAUAAAAUUACGAAAAUUGUGAAAGACUAGCUUUAAUUGGGUAUAAAUUAACUCAAAUUUCAUCCUAUCAAAUUGUGGAUCAAGUAGUUUAAUCAAAUUCUGUAUGUUUUGGAAGAUUGGAUUUAUUUCUUAAAAAAUUAAGGUGGUGGUGAGGACGCUCUGCUAGUUUCGUGGGGAAGAAUGUGGAAGGACAAGAACGACUGUGACAAGAAUAAUUCUGCAGCUGCGAGAAAAGAGGAAAUUAUUUUGAUUCAAGAAGACGUCUCAAAUAUUUUUUUGAUCGGAUCGUCCCCCUCCCCUCAAAUUUUUUAGCGUUCUGGUCGAAAAUAAAUGCCGACAGAUCGAAUGCGUCCCCCUAACAUUAUGGGCUCCAAAGAGGGGGAGUGUCCCCCCAUCCAAAUGGAGCCAGUGGAUUUGACUGUGAACAAGUCGACGAGUUCGUCUUCCAGCUCGAACGGGAGGAAGUUGUCGUCCGCGUCGAGUCGGCAGUCUAAUUCGAAUUUGGACCCCAUCCUCGUCGUCCCCACCACCGCAAAAUGCAUCGAUCUGUCCAUUAAGAAAGAAAGCAGCCGAGUGAAGCGUGCCCCACCGCACCCACUGGCGCGACUCUCCUCCUCCCACCUCCUCUCGCGCCGAGACCACCACCACACUGCCCGAUCUUCACCACGCCACCACAACCACCACCACCACAACAAUCAUCGCCACCACAACGGGAACAAUAACAACAACCACAACAACAAUAAUGACGCGUCCAUCAUCAACUUCAAUGCGGCCGCUGCUGCCGCCGCGGCGGCCGCGACAACUGCGAAUUUGCUUCAAAAUCUUCCAAAAUUUGGGGGGAAACUUAAUCAUCAUCAUCAUCUCCCGGAUCCGGGUGGUUCGCCGCUGUUAUUUCCCCCCCUCCUCGGCGAAUCUCUGCACGUCCACCUUCUCCACCACCACCGUUUGACGGAAGCAAUGCGUCCAUUUUUACCGCCUCAUCAGUCAAUAAACAAUUCCUCCUCGUCGUCCUCAUCACCUUCUGCUUCCGCCGUCGCCACUACCACCGCCUCGCCCACAUCGCCCCCACCCCCACCACCCCCACCACCCCCACCACUCGUGCGAUCCUCCCCGUCCCCACCACCCCUCUCGACGUCCCCCUCCACCCCGUCCCCCGCCGGCGUGGAAGUGGCGGCCGUUCGGAGGAGAAAAGUACACCGCUGUGAUUUCCAAGGAUGUGAGAAGGUUUACACGAAGAGCUCGCAUCUCAAGGCGCACAAGAGGACGCACACAGGGGAGAAACCCUACCAAUGCACGUGGGACGGGUGCACGUGGAAGUUUGCGAGGAGUGACGAACUCACGCGACACUUUCGCAAGCACACGGGACAAAAACCCUUCAAGUGUCAUUUGUGUCAAAGGUCGUUCUCCAGAUCGGAUCAUCUCUCCCUUCAUAUGAAGAGACACUGAAGAAUAUCGAUUAUGUUCCGGAGAAAAUAAAAUAAUUGUAAUUUAACGGAUGACUCGUUGAUAAAAUCGCCAAGUUUUUAAUCAUUUCUCCCAUCUGGGAACUUAUUUCAAAAUUCUGGACAACAAAUUUGUAGGGCAGGGAGUUCCCAAAUUUUUUAGAAAUAAGCACUCCAGAUUUUGAAUCUUUUUGAAGGAGGAGAUCUCAAGUUUAGGAAGCCCUCAGAAAAAUUGGAACUCAUCGAAACUGGCUCAAAAAACUCGACGCCAUUCCAUCAAUCAACUCACCGAGGACAAAUUUGUCGUCCAGAAUUUUAAAAUAAAUUCCCAUAGGAGAGAAUGUAUUAAAAAUGUGCAGAUUUUGAUAAUGAGUCAUCCUACAUAAUAAGAACAACUAUCCGUCCAAAAGAAGAGUCUCAAUUCUCAUCGUAUUCCAAAAAAACUCAUUUAUUUUAUUAGAUUACUAUAAGUAGAGUAGAGAAUCUCAAGAAACGUUCAAAAACGUAAAUAUUUACGGAAUGUGGCGACUCUACUCAUUAUUUUAUGAUAUGUAAUUGUCUCCACGUGGCGGCGAUGUCGACGGCACGUGGGGCGCGUACGUAUGUACGUAUCGUGGUAAAAUUGGUGCUGAUAAGGUUAAUUAGAUACAUAAAUAUUUUUAUGAAGUGAUGAAGAUUAUCGACAAAGGUUAACUGCUACGUACGCCUACCCUCAACUCAUACAUGUUUAGAAGACAACAAAUAAUGAACAAAAAUCUCUCUGCACAAAAUCAUGUGACAUUUUCUCAAAUAGAAAUAUUUAUAAGUUUUUACACAUAUUUUCUAAAUACAAAUUUGUAUCGUACUUUUAGUCUCUGACCUGUGAAAUUUUGUAAUAGAAAAAUUUAUUAUGCACAGAUUUUUAAAUUUUUGUACAAUUCGAAUUGUUUUUAUUUCGUACAAUUUUCAUGUUGAUCAAUCAUCAUCUGUUUUUUUCAAAAUUUUGAUUCCAGAAUUACGAUCUGAGUAAAAUAUUGUGAAAUUUAGCAUUACAAAAACUUUAACUUGAGCUGAUUUUUAAAUCUGUCUAAAACUGGAUCUUACAAGGAAAUUGUUUUCCCUUCAUAGGAUUCUUAUCAAUUGAUAAGAUCUCCCUAUUUUCACACAGAAAAUACAAUUAAAAUCACGAUUUUAGGAAUUAUGACGGUUUCGAAGGUAGUUUUUCACGAGUAAAUUUCAAACAGAGUAAUAUUUUACGACAUGAAAAGAAUCAAUUAUAAUUUACUAUACAUAUUUAAGAGAUUUUACAUAUUCUAUAACAAGUUAUUGCAAAAGUAGACAAAAAAGUCAGGUCACUUUGUAAUAAAAUUUACUUUUACUAGUUAUAAAUACUUACAAUACAAAUACAUAUUUUAUAUGAAAUGAAUGAUUCAUAAUUUUAUUCAAGGUUUCUUAAAUUUUAAAAGACAACGGAAGAUAAAAGAUGAUUCGCGAAUGAAAUAUAAUAAAAGAAUUUAUUUUUUGAAAGUUA